AAUAGAGGAACUCGACGUCAACCAGCCCGGUUCACCGGGAACCCACCACCUUCACCCAGCCAAGCAACUCGGUCUCCGCCAGCCAUAGCACCCAAACCAAAGCCUGUUGUUAAACCCCAGGCCACUCACGCAUCUCCCUCCAAGCCCACCGGUGUCUCUGCAAUGAUAGCGGCCUUCAAUUCAGCCGGUCUGGAAGGGAAAUCGGCUGGAAGUCUAACUGUGAAAACCAGUCGAGCCCCCCAGCCUCCUACUCGCCCAAAGCCCGUCACUCCCCACAACACAGCAAGAGCAGUGGAAACUAAGGAUCCCACUACGGUUCACAGAGUGCAGCCGGUAGUGACUUCUGCUCCUGUGUCUCCUCCACGACCACCGCUCUGUGACCACGCACGACUAGCGGCUGGCGGUAACCAACCAGAUGGUACUGAGGCGGCGACAUCCGCCCCAGCUUAUCCCAAGCCCUCUCCGAAACCUGGACAAGCUGCUCCGUUCAGGUCUGCUAGUGUCUCCACACAAGCAUCUAGUUUUGAAUCGAAUAGGCACGAAACAGUCAGACUGGCCCUAAAUCAAGCCCCAAAGCCAAAACAUCACCAAACGUUGAUAGCCGGUGCCAGGGCAGCUAGCUUGGCCAGGAGCCCAGCAAUAGCUGGUGGCAAACACCCAGGCGGACAUGCUGUGCAGCAAGUCCAGCGGUCAGCGCUGCCAACAGAGAGCUUUACUGCCAAGCCCAUUGCUCCAUCUCUGACUGGACGCGAGUCGGUUACCAAGAAGGCAACAGGAGAUUCAGCAACGCCUCCCCAGCCAAACUCUCUGAGCCAAGCGGGCAACACAGGGCCAUGGUCAAGUCGAGUGUUCCGCAAGUGGAUCCCACGCCUCAAAACAGCGCUCAGCUGUGGCACAAUCCGCACGGAAUGCCUUGCCGAAGGGCUGCUCACCGAUACGCAGAAGAAGGAAUUGAUGGGAGUAGAAGAUGAUUCUGCCAAACACAAUGACCGACUGCUAGAUAUGCUGAGCAGGGGUACAGCUGAGACUUUCCACACUUUCUGUAGUAUUGUGCGUAGCACCGAACCUGAAGCAAACUUUUCAAAGUUCCUAGAUGACAUGCAGUCAGUGGAUACCUUUGUUGCAGUUUCUCCGGAAUGCCAAAAAGACUGCAAUAAAGUAGUAGACCUGAUGAAAGAGUUCUCAGCACCGGAACGUCAACGGGUGGUCCACACUGCCGAGGAUGUGGCACGUAUGCGCACGUCACAGACCGUCCUUGACAAGAGAAAGAAACCCAUCCACGUACCACAGCCAACCUCGCCUGUGAACGUAGACUUGCUGAGCAUGCGGAACAUGGAAGAAGAACAACGGCGAGCAGUAUUGACUGAAAUCGACCGCUUGGCGUCCAGCGCUAGCAUCACUGAUGACCGUGAGGCACAGGAAUGGCAGUACCAGGGUCAGGUGACACGGGCGGACGGCCAAGUUGACAUAUCGCCAGCGGAUAUACAUAGAGAGUUAAGUAAGCACCCUUGUUUCAUCAGCAUCGGCACUGAAUCUGCAAGGGACAACCGUAGCAUUUCAGAGACCAAGCAGUAUUUGAAGGAUACUGGCUUCAUCGACGAGAACACUGUCGUCACAGAGACCACUGGCUAUCUGGAGGUGCUAGUGAGCGUGCCUGUGAACAUACUGGCCAUUCGUGGCAGCAAACGACUGAGGUUUACAGACGAGAGCUCAUCUAUAGUGAAGUUCAUCAUCGACUGUGAAUAUAAUCACACGGUCCCGAGUUUCAUUGAACGAGUCGUACGUAAUCUCCGCAAUCUUCUUGGUGAUGAGAGUGUCCAUGCCGACGGUGUACACAGCGAGAGCGGAGGCACAGCAGUGUUUGUACAGAUGUCUGCCAAGGCUCAUGCAAGGCUUUGGGAGUUCUGUAAGGGUCAAUCUAGCCUGCUCGCUGGUCUGCACAUUCUCGAAGUGUCAACUGUGGACGGAGCAGUUGUCUUCAAUUUGCGUCCCACGGCAUGCAGUGACGAAGGUAUUAAUCCUGACGACCAGAAGCGCUUGGUUGAAGAGUUCUCCGGGAGAUUUUCAUCCUUGGACCGGGAUGAUCUGUCUGUCGCUGUGGCUGACCAACCGGACGUUGAGCAUGCAGUGAUUGCACUGACCAAGCUCGUGUUCGAUGAUGAUGGAGCAUGCUUGAAUGCACUGCCUGAGAUUCUUGGUGGUGUGGCGGCAAGAAAGGCAACUUCGACCUCUGCUCACGUUGAUCAUCCUGAAGAGGCCAUUUCAACCCAUGUCUCUGCCAAUUCUGACCACGCAGUAGAAAUCCAGGGAGCUGACAAUGAGCUGUCUCUCCGGCCACAACUUAAGUCCCAGUGGUCUUUUCGUGGCAGUCUACCUGAUAGCUGGCGCAGUUACGACCGUCGUCGUACCAUGUACAAUGGGCAUGCUUACAUUGUGUGCCGGGAGGAGGAAGGAGCAAUGAUCUACCGGUCUACUCAUUCUCUCAAGGAAAGUCUUCAGGUGGCAUGGACAAGAGUAAUCACCAUUGACAACCCACACUUUCGGUCAGGGAGGAACUUUUGCAUUCACAAUGAAAAAAUGUACUUUGCAAGUAUUAGUGAUAGGUAUACAUGUAUCCCCAAGAUCCAUGUUGUAGAUCUACAGGGAAACUGUGGUACUAGAGAAAUACAAUGUGAUUGUAUCCCAGUACAAGAUACGAGUAUGAAUACAUCUGUCAAACCUUUUCCGAAUGUAUUUAUAACCCAGUCAUCGCUUCUAAUAGUAUGCUUCUGGCGCAAUCAUUUCUUAGAAGUUAUUUCAUUAGAUACUAGGCAUGAUGAUGCAGUAUGGGCAAAAUUGGAUCCGCUCAGCAUGCCUGAGCCGCCGGUCCACAUCUGCAGCACUGACGAUACUCUGUUUGUGAUACCAAAGAGAGACCUCAAUGAUACGCAUUGGUCAAUCAUGAAGUUGGAUGUAAGUGAGGAAAGUCUGCGAAUGCCAUCAUGGCUCGAGAUCAAAGUGGACGUGCCUAAGACUCUUCAUGUAGGUGUAGAUCUAUUCCAUUGUGAUUUACCAGCUGCUGUGGGUAACACUAUAAUGUUACCCGUGGUCUAUAGAGAUGAUGAUGGUAAAACUGUCAAUGGUGUGAUAUGUGUUGAUUGUAGUACGUGUAUAGGCCGGUGUUCUGUCUUGCCGUCGCCAUCCAGUACAUUAGUUACAUCGCAGUUGAUGGUGGAUGACGAUACGCUUAUUGCACUCCAUUAUGAGCACUCAGUGUAUACUCUUCAGCUAUCUGACCAUUUGUAGACACCAGUGAUUGAUCGGCUUCUACAUGCAUGUAUGCCAAGGCGGUGUACAAUGUAGAUAUUCUGCUGCGGCUAGGUCAUGUGAUGGACAACUGGUGCACACUGUGUGUUUUUUGUGAUCCUGAGUGUUUUCGUUUGCACAUGCAUACCCUGUUCUGCUGGGGACCCAUAUGCAUGAUGUGUUUGGUGUCCAGUUCUUUCAGGCCAUCAUUCUACAUAGGCACUGUCCUGAAAUGCUUAUUGUCUAUGUACAUAUUAUACAUUAGGUUGGAGGAAUAUUAUAAUUAUAUAGAUAUUAUGUAUAUAGAAUGCUGUCCAUGGAUUGGAUAUGAUGUAUUAUAUAAUACAUAGAAUAUUAGUUCUAAAACUAAACAGCUCUCUACACAUACAUACUCAUUAUAACUGUGUACAUAGUAGUCUUUUUUUGUCAGUGAUUGACAAAACCCCAUAGGUUGAAUUGGUCAGCAGCCACAUUACUUACUUCCUAGAUAUUGAAGAACUGA